AUGUACAACCCUUACCAAGCUAACUAUCAUGAAGCUCCGGGCAUGUAUGGAGGUGCUCCGGAUUACGGUGCCUACGGCGCUCCUCCGGGCAUGGCACCUCCCGGAAUGGCUGCUCCAGGAACUGCUGCUCCCCCCGGCAUGCAGCAAGCCAACAACCAACAGGCCGGUCGAGGUUUUCCGCCCAACUUCCAACCUCCCGCCAAUAUGCCCAACAUUAACUUUUCUGCGCCGGUGAUUCGUCUAGGAACCUCCGGUCCCGCCAAGGCUGCAACACCAGAUAUGGGCCGGGAGCGGGGCUCGGAUGGUCCUGGUCGUCGUGGUGGUCUCGGAUCGACUGGCAUGGACAACCAGCGUCACUCUGGCCGCGACACAAUGAUGCAGCUUCACCCUCCUACCCGCGAUGAGGUCGUGCGCACUCUCUUUGUCGCUAAUAUUACUGAGGGUGUGGGUGGUGAUGAUGGCAUUGAGCGCAUCCUACGAUCUGCUGGUAUUUUGCGUCGCUGGAUUCGCGCCACCGAUGCUGACGAGAAGCCCUGUCGAUUUGGUUUCGCCGAGUAUGACGACCCUGAGAGUCUCGAGAUUGCGGUUGAGACACUGAAGAAUGUGGAGGUGCCAGUUAAGAGACAGAUACCUCGCGCUGAAGGCGAAGAAGAAAAGGAGGUUGAAAAGAGCACUCUUUUGGUCGUGGUGGAUGAAGGCACUCUCACCUACCUAGAGCAAUAUGGGCUGAGCCGCCCAGAGCAAGACCCUGAGGAUCGUCAGGCACGCUUCAGCGCUGCUCGCAACAACUUGGACAGAGCCUUGAAGGAACUCUUUCACCCUACAGCUCCUAUCCAGAAGGAAGAUGGGUCCGCUGUUGACCGGGAAGGCGACCUUGAGAUGAAGGAUGGCGAGCUUACAAAGGAUGGGGAGGUGGUCACUAUUCCCAUUACAAUUGAAGAUGAAUUGGCCGACAUUCCGCCUGAGAUGCGUGCCAAUGUCGCCAAGGAGAUUGCAGCAUUCCGUGAGCGAAGCAAUCGUCGCGAUAUCGAGCGUCUCCGACGUGAGGAGGAGAUCGAGUCGAUGGAGCGCGCACGCAAUUCUGGAUCUCGGAUCAACCGACAUGGCUCUCCUCCAGCCUCGGCUCCAAGUGGCCCUGCUGCUGGUACUAACGGUAUUCCAUUGGGCCCUCGGGAUCGUCACGUACUGAACGCACCUUCUGGCCCAAAGGCAUUUGGUGUGCAGAUUCCCAAGGACUACCAGAAGGGAGUCUCAUUCGUUAAUGGCGGGUCCCUCAAUGGGGUUUCGAUUGACCGCGCAGACGAGGAUUCCGAUGCUAGCGAUGAGGAAAUUCAGCGCCGCCGCCAGGAAAAGCUAGAUGGCGAACAAGAGAUGUACUUCUUGGACCAAGAGCGCCGCUGGCUCAACCGGGAGCGCAGCCGAACUGCUGCCCUGGAGCGCGAGAAGAAGCGCGAGGAUACGGAAGAUGCAAAGCUGCAAGCUGCCCACGACGAAAUGGAAAUUCGCCUUGGUGCCUGGAAUGACGAUGUUGAGGACAGCCGAAAGAUGGUCGAUUACUACGCGGACCGUGGUGCCUGGCUCCGCAACCGUGGAGCAUUCCGUUCGCGUGAGGUCAACAUUGAUGAUUCCGAUCGUGCCGCCGAGGAUCGCGAGCGCGUGCAAUCUGCCAAGCAACAAGAGCAGGCCCGUGGCAUGGCUGAUGACUUCCUCGCUCGCCAGGCAGAGGAACUUCAGGCCCGUACCGUGGAGGCGCCUCGCGAGCCCCAGCGCUUCAAGCUAUCACUUGGAGCGGCUGCCCAGAAAGCUCAAGCCGCGACCACCCGCCGCACCGUCGCUGAUGUUGAAGGUCUGUUGGAGGACGAGGAAGAAACUGAAACUACUACUCGCCGCCAACUUAUUCCCAUCAAGUACGACUCCGCUGCUGAGGCUGCGGGUCUCACCGAAGAAGAACGCGCCCAGGCUGCCCGUCAACUGGCCGCAGAGAUCCCUACAGAGAAGGAAGGUCUCUGGAACUGGCCUGUCAAGUGGGAGUAUGUGGACGAGGCUAUCCUCAGCGACCAGCUCAAGCCAUUCGUGGAGAAGAAGGUCGUCGAGUAUCUCGGUGUGCAGGAACAAAUGCUGGUCGACGUGGUGGAGGAGCAUCUGCGGAAGCGUGGGCCUCCUCAGGAAUUGGUAGAGCAGCUGGCAGAGGCAUUGGAUGAAGAAGCCGAGGUGCUUGUUCGCAAGCUGUGGCGUAUGGUCAUUUUCUUCUCGGAGAGCGAGAAGCGAGGCUUGUCGACUUGA